GUCUAUAAAAAGAGCGGUUUCGCCGGAGGAGGAACAAACGGCUGAAGUUACUCCGAAAUUAAACAUUUCUCCGUCUCUCAUCAGAGGAUUUUAACAACUUCUCCUGAAAGAAGCAGAUCCUGAGCAGCCAUGGGAGUCGAGGGAGGAAUGAAAUGCGUCAAGUUCCUGCUUUUCUUCUUCAACUUCAUCUUCUGGCUGUGCGGCCUGGCCCUGGUGGUGGUGGGGGUCCUGAUGCAGGUGAACCUCCACAACACUCUGAAUAUCAAAGACCCUUCGGCCUCCGGAGCUCCCAUCGUCGUCAUCAUCGUCGGCGUCAUCAUCUUCUUCAUCGCCUUCUUCGGCUGCUGCGGCGCCUGGAAGGAGAACUACUGCAUGGUCACCACGUUUGCCGUCCUGGUCUUCAUGAUCAUCAUCAUCGAGGUCGCAGCCGCCAUCGCUGGAUACGUGUACAGGAAAAAACUCUCCGUGGUGGUGGAGGACAGCCUGGCAGACAUGAUCCACGAGUACAAGAACAGCACUGCUGACUUCAGGAAGACGGUGGACAAACUGCAAGAGGACUGGAAGUGCUGCGGCUCCAACAGCUCCAUGGACUGGAAGGGCUUCCGCCCCGACGGUGUCUCGGUGCCGGACUCGUGUUGUGUCAAAGUCACUGUGGACUGUGGAUUCGGAUCCAUGAUGAACAGCACCAUCGUGCACCGGACGGGCUGCCAUGACGCGUUGGUGAAGCUGCUGCAGGACAAUCUGCUGUGGGUGAUCGUCGGAGCGCUCGUUAUCGCCGCCCUGCAGAUUUUGGGCAUCGUGUUCGCCUGCUGUCUGAUGAGAGGAAUCCGCAGUGGAUACGAGGUCAUGUGAUCACGAGGUCAUGUGAUCACCUCCACAUUGUUCAGGAGCUUCAUUUGGAAAAUGUUAUUAAUAUUCAUCUUCAGACAUUAUGCAAUUUCUCCUGAUUUCAUUUGGGAUUAUAUUUUUACUGGUUAACGAACUCUCCGCUCCGCCACCGUGUAGCAAAUGAUUCAUGUCUAUUUUAUCGCCACCGUACGGUUGAUUAUUGUUGGUUUUGAGGAAUUAUAACAUUGUUUAUUGUUCUGUUUCGACACUUUAGAUCUGAUUUAUGUAUUGCUGGUUCCCUGUCUGUUUUUAUUAAAGACCCUUUAAAUUAAACCUGAA